AUGAAUAACCUUGGGACUCUCAUUCGCCGAAAGUUGCUCGCCCUGGAGCGCAAGUUAGCCAACGAUCCGGAUGAAUUUGUGCUUCUGCACCACCUCACAUUUCUGUUCGCCAUUCGCAAAGGCACACCGAGAGGAGUAGGCCAAUCUAUGCGCUGGUGCUGUCAUCUGAUUGUGCCCGUCUUUGUGCUCAGCUCCUACUGCUACAAAGCCUACUGGUACAUGUCGCACAGCGAGUACAGCUUCGCACUGUUCAACGUCGUGGGCACUAUCUGGAUCAUGGCCGGUGCAUUUGUGCGUAGGCUAGUGUUCGACUGUGGCCUGCUGACACGCCUGGAGCAGUUCCUUAGCGAUCGCAGCUUUCGUGAAGAUGAACCGCUGGUUCGUGCGGUUCGGCAGCAUGUGAAGGUGCAGAACAAUCGCUACCUGUUCGCGGUCUGCCUUUCCCUAGUGUUGGAGGCAUCCAUUUUUUCCGGCACGAAUCUGAUGCUUCAGCCGGAGUUUAUGCUCCUUUACCAGGGUCACGCUGUCGGUGGAUUCUUCACCCAGCUACUGUACGGUUGGGCCACCUGCUUCUGGGGAUCGUUGUACGUGCUGAUCUUUGCCUUCAUCUACGUGCUGCUGAACGUGUUUCGCGGGGAGAUGUCAUUGCUGGUGGAGUCGUUUGAGCGCAUUAACGAAUGUUUUCACAAGUAUCGCCCAGAGCUAAACACUGCGUCCGCCGGGAAGCGGGAGGAAGAGUUUUGGCGCGAGCUGCAGACACUCAUCAAGCUGAACGUUCAGCGACACGUGGAGCUGCUGGAGAAUUUGAGUGAUUUUGGUUCAAUUCUGAGACCCUUCUCAUUCAUCCAGUACUACGGUUCGUUUACGCUGAUCGGGUACUACUGCUUCAUCUUAAUGUACAAAGGCGUCACAACGGUUACUGUGGUGUACAUUGCGUUCAUCGUUUUUCUUGUGGCGGAAUCGUUUCUGUUCUGUCGGAUCUUGUCUGAAAUUAAUGAUCUUCACGCUCGUAUUGGUACAGUCAUGUGCGAGCUGGAAUGGUACGACAAGCUGCGUUUUUCGCCCCGGUUCGCUUCAGCCUACCGGCAGGUGCGGGCAAGUUUUCUGAUCAUCAUCAUCCGAUCGCAGAAGCCGCUAUCGUUUAGGAUCAGUGGCACUGGGACGAUCUCGAUGGCGCGCUUCGCCGAGCUGCUAAACAGCAGCUACUCGUUGAUGACCGUAAUGUUUCAGCUGAAAGAAAGAAUUAUUGCCAAGCUGACUUCGAACGGAGACAAUUAA